CAAUAAACAACAGUGUCUUCUUUCUUUCUUAAUCUUAUAUUCUAUUCUAUAGAGAUUACACACUCACAUAUAUACCUAUAUUAUACAUAUUUAUAUAUCUGCAGCGCCGAUUUUAGAUGUACCUUGUCUAGUAUGUUGACCCCACCAACCCUCUUUUGACCAAAAGUCAAAUCACUUCUCUAUUUUGGCAAUACCCUUUUAUUUUUCUCUUCAUACUAUCAACUCACUCACUACUACAACUACUACUAAAGUAGUUUUUAGUACUGAAAAAAUGAUUUGAUGAGUAACCGUAUACUUCAUUCCAAUUCUUCUCUUUUUCUUAUUCAUUCCCACGUUUUCCCUCUCUUUUUCUCUCCAUUCCCAUUUUUAUAAUCAAACCACAAAAGAAAGAAAGAAGGAAAGAAAAAAAAAGUUGUCUUUUUUGCCACAACAAAUUAUCAUCAUACUCACUCACUCACUCACCACUCUAUCUUUCUUUCUUUCUAUCUUUCUUUCUUUGUUUCUCUCUAUCAAUGGAGAACAACCAACCAGUUCAGCUUUUUCUUUUGAUGAUAAUGGUAGUUCUUGUUUCAUUUUCCAUGGCUGAACAAGGAGUUUUUUCAGCCAAAACAGAUGCAGUAGCUCUUAUCAACUUCAAGAAGAUGAUUGAGAAUGACCCAGAUGGAGUUUUGUCAGGUUGGCAACUGAAUAAGAACACAUGCAACUGGAGAGGUGUUACAUGUUCUUUGGGGAGAGUAACUGAGCUUGAUCUUAGUGCAACUCGUCUUCAAGGGAUCAUAUCUAUGGACCCUUUGGCUUCACUCAACAUGUUAUCUGUUCUAAAUCUUGGUUCAAAUUCAUUUAGUAUAAAUACAGCUUCUCUGCCUCAACUUCCAUAUGGUUUGAAACAGCUUGACUUGUCUUUAAACAAACUUGUGGGUUCAUUCCCAGAGAAUCUCUUCUUCAAAUGUCCAAAUCUUGUUAAUGUGAAUCUUGCUUUUACAAAUUUAACUGGUUUUUUACCUGAGAAUUUCUUGUUGACUGCUGAUAAUCUUCAGUCUCUUGACCUUUCUUAUAACAACAUAACAGGGUCCAUCUCUGGUUUGAAAAUCAUGGCCAAUUCUUGUACUUCUUUGUUGGUUAUUAAUUUUUCAGGGAACAAAGUACUAAAGGGAUCCCUUCCUUCAUCACUUUCCAACUGCACAAAUCUCCAAUCUAUUGACUUUUCAAUCAAUUCUCUUACUGGGGAAAUCCCAAAAGCUUUUGGGGAGUUAAAGAGCUUACAAACAUUAGAUCUCUCUGAAAAUCAAAUCACUGGUUGGAUCCCUUCUGAACUAGGAAACACCUGUAAUUCACUUCAGGAACUUAGGCUUUCAAAUAACAAUAUUUCAGGCCUUAUUCCUUCAUCUUUUUCAUCAUGUUCUUCUCUCCAAGUUCUUGAUAUUUCAAACAAUAACAUAUCAGGUCCACUUCCUGAUACUUUGUUUCUGAAUCUAAGCUCUUUAGAGAGCUUGCUUUUGAGUAACAACAUCAUCUCUGGACAGUUUCCUUCUUCCAUGUCUUCUUGUAAGAACUUAAAGGUCAUAGAUUUAAGCUCUAAUAAGAUAUCUGGAUUCAUCCCAAGAGAGUUAUGUCCUGGUGCAGCAUCUCUUGAGGAGCUAAGAAUGCCUGAUAAUCUCUUUGUUGGAGAAAUUCCAGGGGAACUUUCACAAUGCUCUCAGCUGAAGAGAAUAGAUGUGAGUCUGAACUAUCUCAAUGGAUCAAUUCCAGCAGAGUUGGGACAACUUGAGAAUCUAGAGAAGUUGAUAGCUUGGUUCAAUGGAUUGGAGGGAAAAAUCCCACCAGAGUUGGGGAAAUGCAAGAAUCUAAAGGAUCUCAUUCUCAACAACAACAAGCUAACUGGUGAAAUUCCACAAGAGCUGUUUCAGUGCAGUAAUCUUGAAUGGAUAUCACUCACAAGUAACAAGCUUAGUGGCGAAAUCCCUCCUCAGUUUGGGCAAUUGACAAGGCUAGCUGUUUUGCAGCUGGGGAAUAACACCUUGAGUGGACAAAUACCAGGAGAGCUAGCCAAUUGCAGCAGUUUGGUUUGGUUGGACCUCAACAGCAACAGGCUCACCGGUGAGAUCCCACCCCGGCUUGGAAGGCAGCAAGGCGCGAAAGCCUUGUCUGGUAUCCUUUCUGGGAACACUUUGGUGUUUGUUCGAAAUGUGGGGAGCUCUUGUAGAGGAGCAGGAGGUUUGCUAGAGUUUGCUGGUAUAAGGCCUGAUAGGCUCUAUCAGGUGCCUACAUUGAAGACUUGUCAAUUCACUAGAAUGUAUUCUGGAGCAGUUCUAAGCAUGUUUACACAGUAUCAGACUCUGGAAUAUCUUGAUCUUUCUUACAAUCAACUUCGUGGUAAGAUACCUGAAGAUUUUGGUGACAUGAUAGCUUUACAAGUUCUUGAAUUGGCUCACAAUCAAUUAUCUGGUGAGAUUCCUUUCUCACUUGGAAAGCUUAAGAACUUGGGUGUUUUUGAUGCUUCACAUAACAGAUUGCAAGGUCAAAUCCCAGAUUCAUUCUCCAACCUUUCAUUCUUAGUGGAAAUUGAUCUCUCAAGCAAUGAAUUAACUGGUCAAAUUCCAACAAGAGGCCAGCUUAGCACACUGCCAGCAAGCCAGUAUGCCAACAACCCGGGACUUUGCGGGGUUCCAUUGCCCGAGUGCACGAGCAAUAGCCAACCAACCACAACAGACCCAAGUGCAGAUAUGGGCAGAGGUGCCAGAAAGUCCUCAGCUGCUUCAUGGGCUAACAGCAUUGUCUUGGGAAUUCUCAUUUCCAUUGCUUCCAUUUGCAUACUAAUUGUGUGGGCAAUCGCGAUGAGGGCGAGGCGAAAGGAGGCAGAAGAAGUGAAGAUGCUGAGUAGUUUACAAGCAUGUCAUGCAGCCACUACAUGGAAGAUUGAGAAAGAAAAAGAACCUCUGAGCAUUAAUGUUGCUACUUUUCAAAGACAGCUCAGGAAACUGAAAUUCUCCCAACUCAUUGAGGCCACCAAUGGCUUCUCAGCUGAAAGCCUUAUUGGAUGUGGAGGGUUUGGAGAAGUGUUCAAGGCAACACUUAAAGAUGGUUCAAGUGUUGCUAUAAAGAAGCUUAUCAGAUUGAGCUGCCAAGGUGACCGCGAAUUCAUGGCCGAGAUGGAAACUUUGGGAAAGAUAAAACACAAAAAUCUUGUACCUUUGUUGGGAUACUGCAAAGUUGGUGAAGAGAGACUCCUUGUCUAUGAAUUCAUGGAGUAUGGUAGCCUUGACGAAAUGCUCCAUGGGAGAACCAAGCUCAGGGACAGGAAAAUGCUUACAUGGGAAGAGAGGAAAAAAAUUGCAAGAGGUGCAGCCAAGGGACUAUGUUUCCUCCACCACAAUUGCAUUCCUCACAUUAUCCAUAGAGACAUGAAGUCGAGCAAUGUACUACUAGACCACGAAAUGGAAGCAAGAGUGUCUGAUUUUGGCAUGGCUCGGCUCAUAAGCGCGCUAGACACGCAUCUAAGCGUAAGCACAUUGGCUGGAACACCCGGCUAUGUUCCUCCUGAGUACUACCAAAGCUUCAGGUGCACAGCCAAAGGAGAUGUCUACUCCUUUGGAGUCAUUUUACUCGAAAUCCUUACAGGGAAACGUCCUACAGAUACAAAAGAUUUUGGGGACACAAACUUGGUAGGAUGGGUGAAAAUGAAAGUAAGAGAAGGUAAACAAAUGGAAGUAAUAGACUCUGAAUUGCUAAUGGUAACAAAAGGAACAGCUGAAGCAGAAGUUGAAGAAGUUAAAGAGAUGAUAAGGUACCUUGAAAUAAGUCUUCAAUGUGUUGAUGAUUUCCCAUCAAAAAGGCCAAGCAUGUUGCAGGUUGUGGCUAUGUUGAGAGAGUUAAUACCUGGUUCAACACCAGGAAGCAGCAACAGUGCUUGAAUUGACAUACCCUUCAGUUAAUUUGUUUGUAAGAACAUAAAAAAGUUUUCUUUUUUUAAUUAAUAUAAAAUUAUAAGAAGUUUUGUUUGUCAGAUUUUGAAAGAUUUUCAUGUAUGUAUUCUCUGCAAAUCUUUUGAUGUUCUUGGUUAUUA